AUGGGCCGCUCCGGCUCGGGUAAGUCGUCGAUGCGGUCCAUCAUUUUUUCAAACUACUCUGCAUUUGAUACAAGACGCUUGGGGGCUACAAUUGACGUUGAACACUCGAAUCUACGCUUCCUCAACAACAUGACACUCAAUCUUUGGGACUGCGGUGGACAAGAUGUAUUCAUGGAAAACUUUCUCAAUAACGACUCAGACACCCAGAGUUCCAACUCAUCAAGCAAUAUAUUCAAGAAGUGCGAGGUUUUGAUUCAUGUCUUCGAUGUCGAGAGCAAGGAGGUCCAGAAAGACAUAGAAAUAUUCAAGCGUGUGCUAGAUAAUCUCCACAAAUUCUCUCCAGGAGUCAAGAUAUUUAUUCUUGUCCAUAAGAUGGACUUGAUUCAAAUCAAUAAAAGACAGGAGCUUUUCGAUAUCAUGUUCAACAAAUUGCACCACGUUGCGUGGGAUAGUUACAAGUUUAAGAUUAAAGGCUUUGCAACAUCCAUUUGGGAUGAAAGUCUGUAUAAAGCUUGGUCUCAAAUUGUCUGUUCGCUGAUCCCAAACAUUUCGCUCUACGAACAACUUCUGAGUAAGUUCAACUCAAUACUCAAUGCCAGAGAGAUGAUCCUUUUCGAGAAAACAACAUUUCUAGUGAUAUCUUCCACUAACAAAUUCAAUAAUGGCUCUGAUGAACUGGAUCCGAAAAGAUUUGAGAAAAUAUCCAACAUUAUCAAGACUUACAAGCAAAGCGUGAACAAGAUAAGGACGAAUUUCAACAAUCUUGUUCUUCAUGGUCGAAACUCCUCUAUUUAUUUGGAUGUGCUCACCUCAAACAUAUACAUUAUGAUUAUUAUGGACAACCCGAAAUCAACAUUCACGGGACACCAGGUAGAUGACGAAAAUUUGGUUCUCGAAAACAUCAAGGUGGCAAGGGCGCAGUUCGAGAAGAUAGAAAAAGGAGUAUAG